AUGCUAGCCGGUGGGGUGUGCAGAGUGGGCCCAUAUAUCGGGAGGUACUGUGGACAGAACACCCCAGGCCGAAUCAUCUCCUACACGGGCAUCCUGGCACUGACAAUCAACACGGACAGCGCCAUCGCAAAAGAAGGCUUUUCUGCCAACUUCACUGUCAUCGAAAGGACUGUUCCAGAGGACUUUGACUGUAGCGACCCUUUGGGAAUGGAAUCAGGAGAGAUAACAUCAGACCAAAUCAUGGCUUCAUCCCAGUACAACCCCAGCUGGUCCCCAGAGCGCUCCAGACUCAACUACUAUGAAAAUGCAUGGACGCCGGCAGAGGACUCAAACAAGGAGUGGAUACAGGUGGACCUUGGGUUCUUGCGGUUUGUCUCAGCCAUUGGUACCCAGGGUGCCAUUUCCCAGGAGACCCGGAGGGUUUACUUUGUCAAGUCCUACAAGGUGGAUGUCAGCUCAAAUGGAGAAGACUGGAUCACUUUGAAAGAAGGCUCCAAACAGAAGGUUUUCCAAGGCAACACCAACCCAACAGACGUUGCUAAGACGAUGCUGCCUAAGCCCACGCUGACGCGCUUCGUCCGGAUCCGUCCCGUUACCUGGGAAACAGGCAUCGCACUGCGCUUCGAGGUGUAUGGCUGUAAGAUAUCAGAGUACCCAUGCUCGGGCAUGCUGGGUAUGGUAUCAGGCUUGAUCACUGACAACCAGAUCACUGCGUCCUCCCAUACGGACAGGAGCUGGGUACCAGAGAAUGCUCGUCUGCUGACCAGCAGGACAGGCUGGACCCUGCUGCCCCAGCCACAGCCCUUCACUAAUGAAUGGCUGCAGGUGGAUUUAGGUGAGGAGAAGCUGCUGAAGGGGUUGAUCAUCCAGGGAGGGAAGCACCGUGAGAACAAGGUCUUCAUGAAGAAAUUUCGCCUCGGCUAUAGCAACAACGGCUCUGACUGGAGGAUGGUGUUAGACACGAAUGGGAACAAGCCAAAGGUGAGGGUUUGUUGAACACGUACUACAAUACCCUUCAGCAAUGCUAAAGAA